CAACUUGUUUAAUCUCCUUCUUUCUGCUGCUUUUCCUCCACAUUUCGUCGGUUCUUCCUAAGGUGUAUUAGAAAAGUGUAUGUAAUUGUAUGACGAGUGCUUCAGAGCUAUUCUUCACUAGAAGGUCUCGUUACGGCCGAAGCGAUCUCGAAUUAGGAUCCGAUUCAACUUCGGGUCGGAUAUCUCACAACCACGGUGCUCACAAUCGCCGCCAUAGUAUCCGCCGUGAGCGCGUGGAUGUGAGCAAUUGUGAACCCACGCGCAGCCCUCCUCACCGCCCUAGACGUUUCCCUCCUCCUCCUCCUCCUGAUCGUGAUUCUGUUUCGCUUGACUCUGGGAGUAGGCAGGCUGCUUCAGGAGACGCCAGUCAUGCAACAAAUAAUAAUAACAGGAUACGUGAUAGAGUGGGAAGCUCUGGUAGUGAGCGGCUCCCUGGUGCUGUACUACUUGCAAGGGAAAGGCUUCUGCAAAGGUUGAGCGGUGUAUCUAUAUCUGGAAACAGGCGAAGUAACCGGAUCCCGACGAGAUCCCAUCGCAACUUCACAUUUGAGGAUGAUUUCGGACUUGCCGAUGCCAGUGAUUGGGAAACAGAUUCAACGUUGUGGCUUGCUGGCAUAACCCCCAGCCCUGAUCUUACAUGGGUAGAAACAAACAAGAGGCCCCCAGGUCUGAGCCAAGAAGCUGUGGGUUCAUUGCAUAUUGGGGUUUUCAGCAACUCAGACAAGGGAGAGGAAGAAACACAGGCUCGGGCAGUUCUUGACUGUAGCAUAUGUCUAGAUGCUUUCUUGGAGGGAGAAAAGCUAGUAUGUUUACCUUGUGGACAUAGGUUUCACCCUUGUUGCUUAGAACCCUGGGUACGAACUUGUGGGGACUGCCCGUAUUGUCGAGCAGCCAUACAUGUGACUUCUUGUAGGGCCAAAGAAAGGUCGUGAAACCAACCAUUGACCACAGUGGCGGUCUCUGAUGUGAAGUUCUUUUUUGAUAGACUUGACUUUUUUGCUGUUUGAACGAUAGUUUUCCAUAAAAUGAGUAGAAUAGGAACGGAUCGAUCGAAUAAUUUAUACCAUGGGUUUUUAUGU